AUGACUAUCGAUGAUCUGCAAAGCAGAAGGGAUGAUAGUAUACGUGUGCAGUUGAAAACCUUGAUCUGCGAACGGCCACAGAUUUUCCGUAUGCCAAGCCUUAUCGACCUGCAGGCCAAACCAAAUUCAGUCCGUGGCAAAUAUCGUUCCAAUAGCGGUUUUCUGAAAGCCGUCAAUUGCAUGUUGAUGUGCAUGCAGCUACAUACUCGGCAUAUAAGACCCGUACUGGCGGAGAAGUCCCUAAACAGACUAAACCUUAUUUCUUUCGUCUUUUGUUUCCAACCCAAUGGCACUCCAGCAUUGACUGCAACCAUGCUUUCGGUAACCUUGAUCGCCGAGCGUGGAAGAAACUAUGGGCCAGGAGGCAAAUUGUCACGCAUUAAGCGCCAGUUCGACAUGAUAUCGAGCCAUUCACAAUUCUCGGGGUUUCUGAAUGAUCAUGACGCUCAGGAACUGUUCCUCCCCAGCCAUUUUAUUGUGCCACAGUGGCGAGUGCCUAUGACAAAGCUCUCGAUCAAAAUGCUCCACAUUUCGCGGGAAUGCCUUCCAAGCAUGUUCAAGAUGUACCAUUUGUCAAAUGGAUGCUCUAGCUAUCCGGAUCCAAGACAAUAG